AUGACGACUAAAGAGCCGACAAGGACUACGUCAGGACCAACCAAUAUCACCACAACGCCAACAACGCCUACACCAACACUCCCACCCACCAAGACAAAAAUGACAACGACAACGCCGAGACUCCCAGCCUUCACUACAACGCCGUUCUACGACUACGUCAGGACCAUCGACCUUCACUACAACACCGUUCACGCCUACGUCAGAAACUUCUACCUUCGAUACAACACCGUUCACGCCUACGUCAGAAACUUCUACCUUCGAUACAACACCGUUCACGCCUACGUCAGAAACUUCUACCUUCGAUACAACACCGUUCACGCCUACGUCAGAAACUUCUACCUUCGAUACAACACCGUUCACGCCUACGU